ACCACUGGAAGCAAGACAGCAGCAUGGCGGGUACGGGGCCAGGCUCCGGAGACCAGGGGAGAGUAAAGAAUGAAGAUAUGGUUUUUCCGCCAGACGCACAAGGUGUAGAGCUUUUCAACGACAAAGAGGGCGCCCUGGCCAUCUUCAGAAAGUGGGUAGAGAUCACUGGACGGGAAUCAACAAAACAGUUGUUCGAAGAUGGAUUCGAUCCCCGGCAACCAAAGGCACUGGUCGACUUUGAGAAAGUUAGGAAACAGACCGAGCGACUAGCGAUAGAGGAACUUGGUCUGGGCCCGGCAAUCAGUGACUGGAACAAAUUCGCUGGAAUAUUGGACACCCUCUUCGUAAAUUGGCGAUUUGAUCCCGAGGUCAUGGCAGAGGUCACUAAGUUUGUGGUCUUCAUCAAACAAAUGGGAUUAAAUUUUGAAAUUGGCAGUGCAGCCGAAGAUGUGGGUGUGGUCACCUUGGGUAAUGACGUCGUGCCAAUCAUGAGCUUACACACUCAUAAAGAGCGCCCUCUCGUGUUGGUGGCGUCUUCACUCUCCUGACCCCCGUUUCAGGCCAUAGUUCUUGGUGGCACUUUGAACGCAUUGUUCAAAGACUACAAGGACCGGGCCGAUUUCCUCUGCGUCUACCUGGCAGAGGC